AUGAGCUUCUCUGCUGGCAUAUUCACCAGCAAUUCUUUCACCCGCGCCCAUCCUCCCACGGCACCAGCCGCAGAGAGAAGGCCACCAGCGGCAAUGAGCAUAAUGACUGCGGUAGUGUGGAUGUCGUACGCGAUCGAGGAGCAGGAGGCAGAAAACGAGGAACGCGAACGCAGGAGACGGCAAGCAGGGCUUCAGCUUCGGGAGGAUGCUAAUUUCUCUCAUUUUUCUUCUUGUUCAGGUGACUCUGCUAAGGGUGCUAACCUCUUCAAGACGCGCUGCGCUCAAUGCCACACUCUUGAAGAAGGCGGUGCCAACAAGAUCGGUCCCAAUUUGCACGGACUUUUCGGCCGCAAGAGUGGUCAGGUCGAGGGCUACUCCUAUACCGAUGCCAACAAGUCGAAGGGCGUUGUUUGGAAUGAGGAGACUCUGUUCGCUUACCUCGAGAACCCUAAGAAGUACAUUCCCGGCACCAAGAUGGCCUUUGGCGGUCUCAAGAAAGCCAAGGACCGCAACGAUCUGAUCACCUACCUUAAACAAGAAACCAAAUAAAAACGAGAAUUUAUAAUUUCGUCAAUAAUUAACGCCUCUUUACCCUUCCUCUCGUGUUCCGCCUCUUGCUUCAACUCCCUACCUAGAGGAAUACCUUUUCCCUGAUGACCUCCAAAAUACGCCCAUUUGUACAUUUUUAUAGAGACUUUUUUUUCUGACCAAGUUAGCGUUUGCCUGGCAACCCAUAAAAAUUACAACCACCCCCCUCUAUCGUCCAAUCUAGUUCAGCCUCGUCCUAUCCAGUUCUGUCUCUAGAAACUCGAACAAGAAGCCAAAUAUACCCCUCCCUCAUUUUUCUAUUUCUUCCACUUGGUAUGGUUUCUCAAAUUAUGCAAGAAUGGUUCCGUUUGGUGUGAAAAUUGCGGGGCUUUCUAAGUGGGAUGUUAGCUUUUUAUUGGUUUUCUUUCUGAGGAGUGAGACUAACUGACUGAACUGGCUGAACUGAACUUUGUUUUCUUUCUCAUUUUCUUGAAAGAACGUGUAAUAAUACCAAAACAGCUUCCUUUUAUUAUUAAUUCUUCUCCUUCUCUUCAAA